AUGGCCCACAUCUCACCAGCAGUGAUCAAGGUCCAGGGUCCCUGGGAAGCAACCAAACUUGACCAUGAGUCUUGCCUGAAAGAUCAACUGCAAUCCAUCUCUCCCACAGUUACAAACUUGGUGAUAGAUGAGGACACUCCAUCAGACGCAGAAUGGGCAUUACUCGGCGGUCAUCUAAAGAAUGUAGAGGAGCUGGAGCUAGAAAGCGGAUUCAACGAAGAUCUCAAUGACAAGAAACUCCCUCUUCACUGGCCUUUGAAGAAAUUGACCCUGAGCUCUGCUUGUGGUGAACUCAUCCAAAGCCCAUUCAUCCGUCAGGGAUUGGUUUCGCACUUGUCCCUGUUUUUCACGUGCAACCUUCGAUUCGAGGGCCCUACAACCGACGAGCUUAUUCGACUACAUAACGAAUCAACAACUCAAGAAACGAAUGAGAACGAAGACACCUAUAAGGGGAUCAAGAUUACUUAUGUACCUGAGCUUGUGCUCAACCACAUGCAGAAGAUCUACGCAGAUCCUGAUCGCAAGCCCGAGAACGAACCACCUGCCGGUCCUAUCAACCUGAAGACACUAGAAAUUUGGGAAAACGACGCGCUUGACACAUUCUGCCGCAUCUCCGCCGCCCUCCCGCAUAUCGUUGAAAACCUUCAUACCUUGCGACUUCGGUCCACCUCGGGCAUCGAUUGGGGGUUGAUGUCAGAAGAGACAUUUCGUCAACUCUUGCCGCUCAUGGAAAAUCUCCAAGUGCUUAACUUCACUGUGGGUGAGAUUUUUGAAGAUCCUCAGUUCUUGCCCACUUUUCACAAGCUUCUCCCACCAAACCUGACUACCCUGUACUUUCGUGGGCCCGUCUCGCUGGCCACUUCAGAACAUUGGGCCGGCUGGCUACAGGCUUUCAGAUCGCCCACCUUUCUUCCGAAGCUUGAGCGUCUUGCCUUUGUUCUUGAUCUUCAUUAUGGAGAGAAUGACUCUGCCACAUGGGGUAAGAAGGAGACUCCGGCACCAGAGAACCUACUGCAAGAAGCACGCCGGGGGUGUGAGACCCUCUAUAGAAUUGCCUGGGAUCGUGGUUUAGUCGUGGAAAAUAUGCCGACGGAGCCUUCUUCUAAAUUACUCAGAUGUGUGGACUCUCGUUGGUAA